AAAUAUGACAACAGGAGUUACAGGAGAAGCUUCCAGGAAAUGAGAAAACAGCACCCCACAAUUCCUAGAAUGGAAUUGUGAGUCCAGGAACUAUACAGGUCGGCGAUGACAGGGCUCCAGAGACAGGCAGGUGGGGUCUCCAGUCUCCAUUGUACCACCUGGCCUUAUUUAUACCCUACUCAAGCUUCUUUCCUUCAAAGUAGAAGAAAAUGGUUUCUGUGUCGGAGUCUUUCAUCCCAAGCUGUUUUCAGUCAACUGGUGGGCAUCCCUUUGCUCUCUCCUGACAGGCAUCCUGGUCAUUUGAAGACUGAGACCAAGAUUGGAAGCAUGGCCGACCUCAGGCAGCUCAUGGACAAUGAGGUGUUGAUGGCCUUUACCUCCUAUGCAACGAUCAUUCUUACCAAGAUGAUGUUCAUGAGCUCUGCGACCGCAUUCCAGAGGAUAACCAACAAGGUUUUUGCCAACCCAGAAGACUGCGCUGGCUUUGGCAAGGGAGAGAAUGCCAAGAAGUUUGUUCGCACUGACGAGAAGGUGGAACGCGUGCGCAGAGCCCACCUGAAUGAUCUUGAAAACAUCGUUCCCUUUCUCGGCAUCGGCCUCCUGUACUCCCUGAGUGGACCAGAUCUCUCUACAGCCCUCAUGCACUUCAGAAUCUUUGUAGGUGCUCGGAUCUACCACACCAUUGCUUACUUGACUCCCCUUCCUCAGCCAAACAGGGGCUUGGCAUUUUUUGUUGGCUAUGGAGUUACUUUGUCAAUGGCUUACAGGCUGCUAAGGAGCAGACUGUACUUGUAAAGAGAAUUGUGAUCUUCACCUUCUAAUUGAUUCUUUUUAAAAAAAGAAUUCCUAUAUUUUCAGUGGAUUCAAACUCUUUCUGAGGUUUUAAUGCGUGAAAGGAGCAGAGAAAUUAGGAAUCAGGGAAAAUUCAGUUAAAAGACUAGCAUCAGUAGGCUCUAUUCUUUUGUAUUUGGGUUAGAAAUUUAAUAUAAUCAGCCUUAACUAUGUUGUCUAACUCCUAAAGUACUUUGUUAUAAAGUCUUGAUUUCAUCAUAAUUUGUUACAUUUGUCUAUAUUUCCUACGGUGCAUCUAUAAAGAGUGCACACACCUAUGGGAAACCUAGGUUUCAUUAUAGCUGAAGUAGACACAUGAAUUAAAAACAUUACAAAUGAAA